AUGAACUCUGAUCCAUCAUUGCCAUCAUGCUUAUUCGUUAACUGCCACACUGAUCAAUCUUUACAUAAUAUGGUUGCUGAAUACUUCGAGACGGAAAGCUUUGGGGUUCGAGCUGCGUCUAUCAUGGAGAGUGAAGCUGACGUCCGUGCUCGGAAAAUCUUGAAGUCUACUACAUACCGCGUUGAAGGAGGGUACCAGACUGGUCUGCUCUGGAAACGUUCCGACAUACAGCUACCUGCCAGCUAUUAUAUGGCUUUGAAAAGAUUAGCGGGUGUUGAAGCAAAAAUGAGGCGCGAUACAGACUUUGCCGCUGAAUAUAACCGCAUCAUAAGUUCUUACGUCAUGAAGGGCUACGUACGAAAGCUGUCGCCAGAAGAAGCCGCUUUAACUUGCAAUAGAACAUGGUACCUGCCUCAUUUUGCCGUGAAGAAUUCAAAUAAGCCAGGCAAGUUACGCAUGGUGUUCGACACAGCUGCUGAGGGGGACGGUGUGUCCCUUAAUUCACAGCUCACGAAGGGUCCGCAAGAGUAUCGGUCUUUGCCUGCUAUACUAUUCCACUUUCGGGAAGGAGCAACGGGCGUGUGUGGGGACAUUAAAGAGAUGUUUCACCAGGUGCUGGUUCAACGUGACGACAGAUGUGCGCAACGAUUUCUUUGGCGCCAAGGUGAUACUACCAGACAGACCGAGGUAUAUGAGAUGCGCGUAAUGACCUUUGGGGCAGCAUGUUCGCCUUGCGCCGCCAAUUAUAUGAAGACGAUCAAUGCGUUAGAGUAUUGCAACAAAGUCAAUGGUGCUACCCGAGCCGUGAAAUCGAUACUGGACUACCAUUAUGUCGAUGGCUAUGUCGAUAGCUUUGACACAGAGGAAGAAGCAGCUGACAUAACGAAACAAGUUCGAGCAAUACAUAAGAUGGCCGGUUUCGAUCUUUGCAAUUUCGCGUCGAACUCAUUAGGAGUGACAGAAGCACUUAGUGGUGACGGGAAUAUCCGUCAAAUAGCAAAUAAAGAAGGAGUACUGGUGGACAGAGUCCUCGGUUUGUUUUGGCAGGCAUCACCCGACACUUUUGGGUUUAAACUGAAAUUCAACAACGUAGAUUCCAAGGUUUUGGACGGAGGGCGCCGUCCGACGAAGCGCGAACUUCUCAGUGUGGUCAUGUCGAUCUUCGACCCGCUGGGCUUUCUUAGCAACUUUGUAGUGAGCGCCAAGAUCCUCAUGCGGGAAGUGUGGAAGAAUUACAUCCGGUGGGACGAGCCACUGCCAAACAACGUAAACACCGCAUGGGAAGGAUGGCUUUUGCAGCUCCAUGUUUUCGUCGACGCCAGCGAGGAUGCCUUUGCCGCGGUAGCCUACUGGAAGCCAACUAAUGCCACCGGUGAGGUUGAAGUCGCAUUUAUCUCUGCAAAAACUAAAUGCGCGCCGAUGAAAUCAUUGGCGGUCCCUCGAUUGGAGCUUCAGGCAGCUGUAUUGGGUACGCGUUUGAUGAACUGCCUACGAGAGGAGCACUCCUUACACAUCGAUGACUGCGUCAUUUGGAGUGACUCUAAAACAGUGAUCCAGUGGCUUCGCAGUGAACAUCGGCGCUAUAAGCCAUUUGUGCAGCAUCGGAUCGCCGAGAUAUUAGCCACAACUACUACUGCAAAUUGGAGAUGGCUACCUACCGAGCACAAUGUCGCUGAUGAGGCUACUCGAGCUAAUAACUUUGUCGACUUCAGCUCAUCCGCCCGUUGGUCCUGCGGCCCAUCAUUUUUGUUAGGAGAAGAGCAGUAUUGGCCGACAGAGAGGAAGCUGACAAGGAACUACGCCCUAAAUUUGCCCUUGCAAUCCAAACUGGUGAGAACGACAGCAUGGGUCCUGCGAUUCAUUGACGUUUGCCGCCGCCGUAAACCGCCAGACCGUUGCUAUGGGUUGACUGCCAAAGAAGUUGAGACUGCUAAGCUUUGUUUGUGCCGUCUCGUUCAACGCGGUGAAUACGAGGAAGAGUUUCAGCACAUCGAAAGCGGUCGCAACCUGCCACGCACCAGUUCGCUCAUUCAACUUUCGUCGUAUAUAGAGGAAGAUGGUGUUCUUCGUGUACGAGGACGCAUAGAAGCUGCCAGCUGGCUCCCAAUAAGUGCGAGACGCCCUAUCAUACUACCGUCAAAGCAUUGUUUCUCAAAUCUGGUCGCCAUGCACUACCACGUCAAAAUGCAUCAUCAAAAUCUAGAAGCCACUAUUUGUGAGAUACGUCGCCUUUAUUGGGUACCACGCCUCAGGAGUUUGCUGCGCAGUAUAGUCGCCAAUUGCGCCAUUUGUCGCUUAAGAAAAAUCCAUGCCGUAUCGCCAUUGAUGGGCCCUCUUCCGAUUGAUAGACUCACUCCUUAUGUUAGGCCAUUCAGCUAUACGGGCCUUGAUUACUUAGGACCGAUAACAGUAACUGUUCGCCGCGCCAACGAAAAAAGAUGGGUGGCGUUAUUUACGUGA